CGAACCCGCGGAGUGCGAAGGUGGAAGUGGAGAGACGGGCUUUAUUUUUGGCUAGAAAUCGCCCUGAAAAAAACUUAAAGAUGAGUAAUCAGAAGGAAGAACCGAAGAAGGAGAUACCCGAAGUGAUCUACGACUCGACGACGGGGAGAAAGUACCAGAGAGGAAAGUUUUUGGGGAAAGGAGGCUUUGCAAGAUGCUACGAACUGACAGACAUGAAAACCAAAGAGAUAUUUGCUGGAAAGAUUGUUGCAAAGUCUCUCCUCGUCAAGCAGCAUCAGAAGGAGAAAAUGUCUCAGGAGAUUUCUAUCCACCGUAGCUUAAAGGAUAGACAUAUUGUUGGAUUUCAUGGAUUCUUUGAGGAUUCAGAUAAUGUUUACAUUAUUCUUGAACUGUGCAGGAGAAGGUCCUUGAUGGAAUUGCACAAGCGUCGUAAAGCUGUCACAGAACCAGAGACAAGGUACUUUCUGAAACAGCUGUUGUUGGGUGUUAAACAUCUCCAUGAUCGCAAAGUGAUUCACAGAGAUCUAAAGCUCGGAAACCUAUUUCUCAAUGAUGAAAUGGAACUGAAGAUUGGUGAUUUUGGUCUGGCUACCAGGGUGGAUUAUGAGGGAGAAAGAAAGAGAACACUCUGUGGUACUCCUAAUUACAUUGCUCCAGAAAUUCUUUGCAAGAAGGGCCAUAGUUAUGAAGUUGAUGUGUGGUCUUUAGGUUGUAUUUUAUAUACUUUGCUGGUAGGUAAACCUCCAUUUGAAACUCAAACCCUAAAGGACACAUAUAUGAGGAUCAAGAAAAAUGAAUAUCACAUUCCAUCUCGCAUUGGUCCACUAGCCCGGUCCCUCAUCCAAAGAUUGCUGCAGGGGGAUCCCACACGUAGACCUAAUGUUGAUAGUAUCCUAGCUGAUGAUUUUAUGACUAUGGGAUAUAUCCCAACUCGCCUUCCCACGUCUUGCCUCACCAUGGCUCCUAGAUUUGACUCAAGAUGUUCCAUUGUAGCCACUAGGAAACCUCUUCUGGAAAUUAACACCAAAGCUCAUAAAAUGGCCGCAUGGGCGUCAGCGGUAGAAACACGAGAUAAGUUUCGAGAGCGCCACCAGAAGAGAGAGGUCUUCGGGGUCAUGAGUCGCAGAGCGGGUGUUGAGUGCGGACCAGCGUGA